AUGGCGUUCUUCGAGGAGAUGGGGUGGACGUACGCGCCCCACCUCCGCACCCACCUGCGCCAGCUCGCGGCGUCGGUCUCCGCGGCGAGCUGCGACGGGGACGCGGGCUCGGGCGACGACGAGUGCCGCGACGAGGCGGCGGCCCUGCGGCUCAAGAUGGUGGCCGUCGCGGCCAUCCUGGUCUCCGGCGCGGUCGGCGUCGCCAUCCCGCUCGCCGGCCGCAGGCUCCGCGGCGCUAGCCCGUCCUCCUCCUCCUCCUCCUCCUCCGGCGGCGGCACGUUCGUGCUCGCCAAGGCGUUCGCGGCGGGGGUGAUCCUGGCCACGGGGUUCGUGCACAUGAUGCACGACGCGGAGGAGAAGUUCGCGGACCCGUGCCUGCCGCCCGCGCCCUGGCGCCGGUUCCCCUUCCCGGGCUUCGUCGCCAUGCUCGCCGCGCUCGGCACGCUCGUCAUGGAGUUCGUCGGCACCCGCUUCUACGAGCGCAAGCACGGCCUGGAGGCUGCCGCCGCCGCGAGCGCCGUUGAUGAGACGGCCGCGCUGCUCGAGGACGGCGCGCUCUCAGGGGUCGGUGGAAUGAGCGGCGACGACGGGAAGCAGGACGCCAUGCACAUCGUGGGGAUGCGCGCGCAUGCGGCAGCGCACCGGCACAGCCAUGCGCAGGGCCAUGACGCCUGCGAUGGAGGUGCCGUGUACGACGCCCACGGCAACGGGCACGACCAUGGCCAUGGGAACGAGGAGAGGCCCUCCCAAUCUCGGCAUGUAGUUGUCUCACAGAUUCUGGAGCUGGGGAUUGUAUCGCAUUCUGUAAUCAUCGGGCUAUCCUUGGGCGUUUCACAGAGUCCAUGCACCAUUAAGCCUCUGGUUGCCGCCCUCUCCUUCCACCAGUUCUUCGAGGGUUUUGCGUUGGGCGGCUGCAUUUCUGAGGCUCAGUUCAAGAAUUUCUCUGCACUCCUGAUGGCUUUCUUCUUCGCCAUUACAACACCUGCUGGGAUCACGGUGGGGGCGGGGAUCGCUUCGUUCUACAACCCCAACAGCCCCAGGGCGUUGAUCAUAGAGGGCAUUCUGGAUUCAAUGUCGGCUGGUAUACUCAUCUAUAUGGCAUUAGUGGAUCUCAUUGCUGCUGAUUUCCUUAGCCGGAGGAUGAGUUGCAACCCGAGACUGCAAGUCUUCUCGUAUGUCGCCUUGUUUCUUGGGGCUAUGGCCAUGUCAUCCCUUGCUAUAUGGGCUUAGCGCUAGUAAGCAAUUUUUUAAGUAAGAUGAAGGAUUGGGACAAGCUUCUUGGUGUCACCCAAUGCACUAGGAGUUGUUCCCUGACUAGCUGCUAGUAAUUCUUCAGUAAGAUGGGAGGCCUUUUCUUUUUUUUCUCUCUCUCUUUGUUCAUUCUUUUGUUUGUUCUUCUCAUGGUCGUAGGCUGUAUACGCCUCUCUUGUCAUACAAAACGAAGUUCCUCUUUAGGAUACAUUGUGGUGGUAGAAAAUAGAAAUGAAUUAGUUCAGGGAAUAAGGAACUUUUGAGUCCAACCAGUCUUUGCAAAUGUACAUUUCAUCCUCAGUGUUAGAUAAGAGGAGUUGUCUCUCCCCGAGAAUAAUUUUGCAGAUGCACCACCGCGGAUGCAAUUGUUCCAUUGCAAUGCCUUGCAGGCUCUGUUCAAAAUGAGGAUGAUCAUGAAUUCAGACUUGACUUGUUUGCCGCAUCUUUUA